AUGCAGUCCUUUCCGCCAACGCCCCCCACUUCCGAUUUGGAGCUCUGUUGGAAACCAGCUAUUGCGACCGUGAGUCUCGGCACUAGCGCUUUGCACUCGCUGACCGCGAAAAUCGACGCCGCCGCCCGCAAUGGCCAGCAGGGCCUUGAGCUCUUCCACGACGACCUCGCGCAAUUCGCGAAGACCCUCUCCGCCACCGCACCGGACCCGGCCCGCACCGAUCGAGCCUACGAGAUCGACGCCGCACACGCCAUCCGUGAUCUCUGCUCCAAGCGGGGUCUGCAGAUUCUGGCUCUGCAGCCCUUCCGUCACUAUGAGGGCCUGAUCGACCGUGCCGAGCACGCUGCCCGCCUCGACGAGCUGCGCCACUGGGUCCAGCUCUGCCGUAUCCUCGGCGACGACCUGUUCAUCCUCAUCCCUUCCUCCUUCCUCGAUGCAUCCAAGAUCACCGGUGACCGCGACCGCAUUGUAGCGGAUCUGGUUGAAGCCGCCGAUCUCGCGUACCCGACGCGCAUUGCGUACGAGGCGCUCGCAUGGGGCACCUAUGUGAAUACCUGGGAGGACUCGUGGGAGAUCGUGAAGCGGGCCAAUCGCCCCAACCUGGGUCUUUGCCUGGAUACGUUCAAUAUCGCGGCCCGCGUGUGGGGGGACCCGACCAGCUCGACCGGCCGCCUGCCGGAGCACGCCGAUAAAGACCUCCAGGAAUCGAUGGCCCGUCUGGUCAAGGAGGUUGAUCCGCACCGGGUGAUCAUGGUGCAGCUGGCUGAUGGUGAGCGGGUCGAUCCCCAGUCUGGUUUCCUGCAGGACCCCACACUGCCCAAGCUAUUGACUUGGUCGCGCAAUGCACGCCUCUUUCCCUGCGAGGAGGAGCGGGGCGGAUACUUGCCCAUUCGUGAGGUGGCGGGCGCAUGUUUGAAUGGACUCGGCUAUGCCGGAUGGGUGAGUAUGGAGGUUUUCUCGCGAACUCUGCUCGAAGAUGACCCCACGGUGCCUAAUGAGCAUGCCGCUCGGGCCAGCCAUUCCUGGCAGCGAGUGCUGGGGAUGCUGGGCCCCAACCUGGAGAAACCCCAAUCCAGCGAAUAA